UCCCCUCAGUUUCACUCUUCUUUAUUCCAUCUCUACUUUUUCCUUUCGUUUCCCAUCUAUUUUCCCUCGUCUUCUUCUCGAUUCCUCUGAUCUACCGAGCGAUAAGCGGGAACCUGGUUUGUUUGGAAGAUCCAAGGAUUGGUUUCGAUCGUGAUCUGGGGUUUGCUCUUUCGGGAGGUUUAAAGCUCCUCAAUUGAUUUCAGUAGCCGCCUUAAGAAAGCUAAUUAGGAGUCUCUUUGUAUUCACUGGUAUUAUAGAAGGACAUGUUGGGUUCUAAAGAGGUAGAUGAUGUAAGUGAGAUUAAUCAGGCAAUACUUCAUGUUUGCUUGAAUGAGUAUGAUAAUGAAUGUGAUGGCGGCUAUUCGAGUAAUGCGGACGAUUUACUUGAGCUGGGACAUCAAAGCAAGCCUGUAUCAUUUCCUUCUGAUGCCUCUCCUCUUGAAGACGAUGAUAUUGGAACUUCUUUGAGGUGGAUAUUCUCCGAGGACGCGGUGAAGUCACCAUGCUCCUCAACUUCAUUGAAGCUAGUGUCUGCCCUUAAAGGUAGCCGUGAAAAACAGGGAUUACCAUCAAAGGAGCGGAGAGUGACAUGGGCUCCUGAUGUGUACGAUCCUCUGCCGACAUCCGUAUCGCACACGGUUAGAGGUAAAAAGCACCAGAGGUCGAGGAAGAACCAUGACAAGAAGAAAAAUGGAAAGAAAGUGCAGAAGGGCAACAACUACUCUCGUGGUGGUAAUGGUGGCGGUAAAAGCCACAAACACUCCCGCAGAGGCGCUGCAAGUUUGGAUCGGUGGUAUGACUAUAAACCACUCGAGGCCGGCACCUCAGGCAACCUUGAUGUGUUUAAGGAUGGUACUACAGAUCCCUAUUGUGGGACUACUUUUCUGAAAACAUCUCCGACUACGAUGCACUACUCCGUGGGGGAGGCUCUAUAAGGAAGGCCCUUGGUUUAAACUGAUCCAUGUAGAUAAAUAAACCUUAAUUUUUCCUGCAUUCUCUGGUAUGAGAAUUCAAACAGUUGCUUUAAAUUGCGAUUGUGCUAUGGUAUACUUAUUAUUAUGGUGUGGGUUUUUGGAAGUUUUGUCACUGUGCUGUGUAUUAUUGGCAGCACUUGAACUAUCUUUGGCUUUG